AUGCUUUCUUCAUUUUCUGGUUUUCGUCGUUUUUUACCGUCGGAUAAAUCAGUAAAGGGUAUUCUUAUUGGUGGAUUUACUGGUGGUAUCGAAAUAUGUAUUACAUUUCCAACUGAAUAUGUUAAAACACAAUUACAAUUAGAUGAGCGUUCAGCACAUCCAAUUUAUAAAGGUCCAAUAGAUUGUGCCAAGAAAACAGUUCAAACAAACGGGUUCUUAGGAUUAUAUCGCGGAUUGUCCGUAUUAAUCUAUGGUUCCAUUCCAAAAUCAGCACUGAGGUUUGGAACAUUUGAGACUUUAAAGGGAUAUUUCGUUGAUUCGAAUGGCAAUCUUACACCGAUGUGGAGGCUUUUUUGUGGCUUUGGUGCAGGUCUUUCGGAAGCGGUGUUUGCUGUCACACCAAUGGAAACGAUUAAAGUGAAAUUUAUUCAUGAUCAGCAGUUGGGUAAACCAAAAUUCAAAGGUUUUUUUGGUGGUUUGAAAACAAUUCUGCAAACCGAAGGGUUGCGAGGCUUGUAUCAGGGUGUUACAGCUACAAUGGCAAAACAAGGUUCUAACCAAGCGAUCCGAUUUUUUGUAAUGGAAACUUUGAAAGACUGGUAUCGUGAAGGAGAUAGUUCGAAGACGGUUAGUAAACCAGCUACAGCGUUAUUUGGCGCAUUUGCGGGUGCAUGUUCCGUGUACGGUAAUACACCAAUUGAUGUUGUUAAAACUCGAAUGCAAGGUUUGGAAGCUAAAAAAUAUAAGAAUACAAUCAACUGCGCUUAUCAAAUUUUGAAAACUGAAGGAUUCUUUGCAUUUUACAAGGGCACCGUACCUCGGCUAUGUCGUGUUUGUCUCGAUGUCGCGUUAACAUUUACUUUAUACGACUCGAUCAUGGAAUAUGCCAACAAAUUAUGGAAAACUUAG